CUUUUGGAUGGUCUUGUUCCUUACACAGCUGGGGCCAAUUUUGCCAUCAGAAACACACUACAGGCGUAACUAAUGGGUGGAUUCAAAAGGGAAGUCCUCCUGUAUACAUUAUGCUAUGUGAUUCCACAAUGUCUCUGCACAGGCCUUCAUUCACAGAGGCUGUCUUUUCCAGCUGGAACUGGCAUUGGUGCAGAGCACAGUGCAUGUCCUCAGAUUGCAGUUGGAGAUAAUCGUUUUCCAGGUUUUUACAUUAUGUCCCAGUUUAAAAUCGCUGAGCUGGCCAGAAGAGGAUCUGUUAGGAAGGUGGAUGGAUCAACCUCUCAGCACGUUGCCUACUCAAUAGGCCCGGCAUUCAACUUCAGAAUUAACACGAGAUCAACAUAUCCUCAAGGACUGCCCGAGGAGUUCACAUUUAUGACAGUUUUUCGUAUGAACGGUAGUACCAUAACGGAUAACUGGAAUAUUUGGCAAAUGCAAGAUUUGAACGGAGAGGAGCAGCUUGCCGUAAGGCUGAAUGGAGAAUCCCGAUCUCUUGAAUUUACCUUUGCAACACUUAAUAAAAUGCAUCAGACAGCGAUCUUCCCUGUCCUACCAUUCCUCUUUAAUUCUCAAUGGCACAAGAUCCAACUAAACGUCAGGAGGCGUUCUGUUACUCUGUUCGUCGACUGCAUAUUGAUAGACUCUCAGAACACACCCCCUAGAAGUACAGUCAACCUGGAUGGAUAUACCUUUAUUGGAAAGAUGAAGGACAAUCCCGCUUCGGCAGUACGAUUUGAACUCCAAUCGAUGCUGAUUCAUUGUGAUGUCAGGCCACCGCAGACAUGCGCUGACCUACCCGCCAGGACGUCGAGUCCCCACAGUAAUCCCUCCCAUUUUACGCUAGUGCACAGUCCCUGGACUCCGCCAAUCACUUCCUAUAACCAAACACAUCAUGAAUAUACAUGAGGCUUCGGUGCCUAUGGUACCUCUGGC